AUGACAAAUGAUGGACUGGUGAGAGUGACUGGCACUGGAAGAGAAGAAGAAGAAGAAGAAGAAGAAGAGAAGAAGAACGAACGCUGCGAAGGGGGUGAAGCAGGCCAGCCAGCGCGGCGGGAGCGGAAGAGCAGCAGCAGAGACGAUGCAGCCCCUGAAAGCGCGUAUCCGUAA